AUUAACGGCGAAAAUUCAAAAACUGUUUACAUUUUAAUUUCUCUUUUUUUUGUCAACUUUUCUUUCUUUUCUUAUUUAUUUUUAAUUGUUUUUUAAUUUUCUCUCAUUUAAAUAAUGACUGAUUCGUAUGAUUCAAUUGUGUCCGAUGCUGCAGAAUUUUGUUCCAAGCUGGAAAAUGUCAGGGAAAAUCUUCUUCCACCAAAGUUUCUCAGCAAGAGCAAGAAUACAAUGCAACAUGAAAUUGAACAAAAGAUGAGAGAUGAAGUUAAAACUCUUAAAUCAUUACGAGAUGAAUGUACAAAAUUGGAGAAAGAGAUUAAAGUUAAACAGGACAGUGUCUCACAAUAUAGUAAAUCUUAUGAACAAUUAGAGAAUCGGAUUGUUCGAUCAACGGAAAAAUAUGAGGAGAAGGUUAAACAAGAGCAGGCGAGAAAAGCUCUCAUCUCAUCUGUUUUUAAUUUCCUUGGAAAUGUUGGUCUUGAUUUUCAAGUGAUUAACUUGGAAAAUGAAUCACCCGAUUCUUAUAUUGGAACUUAUAAAGUUAGUUUAUCACAAGUCGAUCCUGUUGAUCCUGAUAAGUUUUACAGUAUUACCUUUAAAUCCAGUUUGGUUGAAAUUAAUAUUUUGGAAACUGAUUUCAAAGAUCUGGAAGAGGAAUUUAAAAAAAUCGAAGAGUUUAUCAACAGUAAUCUUAAAUCGGGACAAAUUAACUUGAUCGGUUUUCUGGUUAGAGUUCGUAAACUAAUAAUCAAUCGGCUUCAAUCAUAAUUUCCAAUAUUUUCCACGACUCAAAAUGUUUCAUCUUUGUAACUUUUCUUCCGGUUUAAUGCUGAGCUGGGAGAUAAUUUUUUCUUUUAAAGUGAUAAAGUUGUCUAUAUAUAUAUGAAUAUCCCUUCAGAGGCGAUUAUUCAACUUUUCAGUGUUUCAAUAUAGUAAAAUGUAAAAAAAUAUAAGAGAAAAUAAAAAAAUUCUCCCUCUCGAUUA